CAAAACCGGUUCGAAUACGAAAACCCCAAAAAACAAAACUGAUCGUUUUUGUUUAUCAACUUUUACCACGCGCCACAGCAGUUACCGUUUUUAUAUCCCACAAAAAUGUAUUGCAUUCUUUUGUUACCAAAACUGUUAGCUUGGUUAACACCUCCAGCAAAAGGGAGCAAGGUUAACUCGGCCAUUUACCAUUGGCUCAAAAUCAGGGCCAUUUCAAGGGUGUGAGCUUCCAAGAAAUGCCAAGCGAAAUGUUUACCUGAAUUUUCCAAUCCAAAUUUGUAGUGGCAAAAUGUUUUAGCAACGCGAAUCUCCUGUGAACGUUUUGAGUGAUAUUGAAUAAUCCAGCAAUCAAAAGACUUGAACAUGACGUGCCUGUCGGACAUUGACCUGGCCACCCUGCACCAGCACCGCCUGGAGGAGAUCUUCAGCUACAAGCUGGCUUGGAGUGGCACUGGCCACCAGCAGACCCAGUACAAUGAUCUCCUCGUGCGCCACAAUGCCUCGCUAAAGCGGCAGAGAAUCAACCAGCAUACGGCCAAUACGGCCAGCACAAGGGCCAAGGAUCAAGCAUUCACGGAUGAUUGUGUGGCCACCAGUCCGGGAAACAAUCAGGCCAAAUCCGAACAGGAUCCGGAUGAUGGCUACUUCGAUUCCACGACACGACGCACGCGUAGUGGCACUUGGCCGCGCACUAGAAGUCUGAAUGCUCCGUCGCCAUUCCAGCAUUUCGGGCCAUGUGGUCGCAUUAUGAAGAACUCCGCCAUGGUGAUGCAGAUUCAGGAUCCGGCCAGCCAGCGCUUGACCUGGUACAAGCCACCACUCACCGUGCUCGUGAUCAAAAAGAAGGACUCCCAGGUCCUGCCGCCCUUCGUCCAGCUGGUGGAGUGGCUGGUGCAGGAGAAGCACAUGGUCGUCUGGGUGGAGUCCGCUGUCCUUGAGGACAAGCUGCUGCGGGAUGACGUUAAGCUGGAGCAGGAGAGCUCCAAGUUCCAAAAAGUGCACGCACAGUACGCCGGAGUAAGAGCGCGUUUCCUGCAACUCCGUGAAAAGCUAGUGACCUUUAAAGAUGGCCGCGAUGACCUGACCGAUCGGAUUGACUUUAUCGUCUGCCUGGGAGGCGAUGGCACUCUGCUGUACGCCUCUCAGCUGUUCCAGCAAUCUGUCCCACCGGUGAUGGCCUUCUAUCUGGGCUCCCUUGGGUUUCUUACGCCCUUCCAGUGCGACAACUUCCAGGAACAGGUGACCAAUGUCCUGGAGGGUCAUGCUGCUCUAACGCUACGUAGUCGCCUGCGCUGCUCCAUCCACCGCAAGGGCGAACGCCGCAAGGAAUCGCUGCUCCACUCGGUGGGUGGUAAUCUCCUGAUACCGGGUUUCCACAGGCAGCUCAACUAUGUGGAGCUCAACAACGGACAAACAGGAAAAGCUGGCUGCAAUAAUAACAAUGGCCACAACAAUAGCAUCCUGGUGCUCAACGAGGUGGUCAUCAACCGAGGACCCUCGCCGUACCUGAGCAACAUUGAUAUCUUCUUGGACGGCAAAUACAUUACGUCGGUGCAGGGCGAUGGCCUGAUCGUAUCGACGCCCACGGGAAGCACAGCAUAUGCGGCAGCAGCCGGUGCCUCCAUGAUCCAUCCCUCCGUGCCGGCCAUUUUGGUGACGCCCAUUUGCCCACACUCGCUGAGCUUCAGGCCCAUUGUGGUGCCCGCCGGAGUGGAGCUAAAGAUAUCAAUUUCACCUGAUAGCCGCAACACCUCACGCGUCUCCUUCGACGGACGCAACGACCAGGAGCUGAACCAUGGGGACAGCCUGCGAGUGACCACCUCAAUCUAUCCCGUGCCCAGCAUUUGCUCCCAGGACCAAAUCUCCGAUUGGUUUGACUCCCUCGCCGAGGGUCUGCACUGGAAUGUCCGCAAGCGGCAGAAGUGCCUUGAUGAGCUGUCGGACUUGACCGCUUCGGGGUCGGAGGACACGCUCGAUGAGUUUGACAAUCUUCAGAUCUACGAUGCGUAAUGGCAACCAAACCCAAUCGCCGUUUGUUAGCGUGGCCAAUUAGACUAGUUGUAGUCGUAGUUCAUAGGGCUUGUGUGCUAGUGUGCAAUUUGGUAGGCUUAAUUAUGUAGGGAAAAUACUCUGUUGUACUAUAUACACGUUAAGUCGCUUGGUUGAAAUGUUAAAUGUUAAUUGAUUCCGAUCGCAAUGUUUGCUUAAGCUAGACCUAUUCUGUUGAUUCUUGUGAACAAAAAAAAAAUACAGCUUACGCGUAGCUCUUAAGUUUUUAUUAUUACAAAACAUACGACUAAUUGCGUCGAGUGCUAAGUACUUAAGCUGACUCGCGUUAUCUGUACAAUUCGAUGGAGGUAAUAAAAACUGUAUUAUUUACUUAAAGCGCCACAAAAUCCA